CUUCACCCAGAGACAGAAUCAGACUCUCUUCUGUUUAUUUAUGCCAGUUUUAGUCCGUGCGUCUUCUUAGAAUUUCGAGUUUCCAGCCAAAACAAAAUGGCCAAAGUUACACCCAGAAUAGAUAAUUUGUGCUUCCUUUCGAACAACCGAGUUUGUAAAACAUCUAUUCAACGCUUUCAGUUGCACCGUUUGCCUGCAAAACACCGCCUAAGGUUUAGAAUUUUGUCCGGCUCUCAACAAAAUGUCGAAGAUAGUGAGAGAGUUGCCGCCAAGGUUCUCACUGGACUUCGGGUCGAUGAAUUGGAGCAGAAAGCUUCUGUUUUGGAUUCGGAGCGUCCGUCGGGAGCUCAAAAUGUGUCCCCCUUGACUUCUGAUGGCCGUUGGCCACCUUGGAAGAAUCUUCCCCAGAGAUAUAAGCUCAUCGGUACGACGUCGCUGGCAUUCAUUAUCUGCAACAUGGAUAAGGUGAACUUGAGUGUUGCUGUAAUUCCAAUGUCUCAUCAAUUUGGGUGGAAUUCAUCAGUGGCCGGAUUGGUUCAAUCAUCAUUCUUCUGGGGUUAUGCAUUGAGUCAAUUGCCUGGGGGUUGGUUAGCCAAGAUAUUCGGUGGAAGAAAAGUUCUCAAGAUUGGAGUAUUAACCUGGUCAAUUGCCACAGCUCUUGUUCCUGUGCUUGCUGGAUAUAUGCCUGGAUUAAUCUUUUCCAGGAUUUUGGUUGGGAUAGGAGAAGGCGUUUCACCAUCUGCGGCCACUGAUCUAAUUGCCAGGUCAAUACCAUUGGAGGAGCGCUCACGGGCUGUAGCAUUUGUCUUUGGUGGCUUGAGUGUAGGAAGUGUUCUGGGGCUUCUGUUGGCUCCUCCCCUUAUCCAAAAUUUUGGCUGGGAAUCGGUAUUCUAUAUAUUUGGACUUCUAGGGAUUGGUUGGUUUUUGGGGUUUCAAGUUCUUGAAGAAAGAGAAACACAUUCAGCAGCUGAAUCUAAGUCGUUGGCCUCCGGUGUUACUGUGCCACCUUCAUGGAGUGACUCUCUAGAAAAAUUAAAUGACUCUCGGAAGGAUGUACCAUGGAGGGCUUUUUUUCAAAGUUCAGCUGUGUGGGCUAUGGUAUAUGUUCACUUCUGUGGUAGCUGGGGUCACUACACUUGUCUAUCAUGGCUUCCCUCAUAUUUUAGUGAGGAGCUGAACCUUAACCUUACGGAAGCUGCAUGGGUGUCUAUUCUUCCACCAUUAGCUUCAAUAUUUGUGACUAAUGCUGCAGCUCAGUUAGCUGAUAGUUUGAUUUCUAGAGGAGUUGAAACCACAACGGUUCGAAAGAUCUGCCAAUCAAUUGCAUUUUUGUCUCCUGCAAUCUGCAUGACUCUGUCCUCAGUGGAUUUAGGGCUACCACAUUGGGAGAUUGUGGGCAUUCUCACGGGUGGCCUAGCCCUCUCUAGCUUUGCCCUGUCAGGACUUUAUUGUACCCAUCAAGACAUGUCUCCUGAAUAUGCAAGUAUUCUUCUGGGAAUCACUAACACUGUUGGGGCAGUACCUGGAAUUGUGGGUGUAGCCCUCACUGGUUAUCUUUUAGACUUGACUCAUUCAUGGAGUAUAUCACUAUUCGCGCCAUCAAUCUUCUUCUACUUGACUGGUACAUUAGUGUGGUUGGCGUUUGCCAGCAGUAAGCCUCAGAAUUUUUCAGAGCAAGAAUGAUCCUCCUUUCAGUCUUUCAUACUUCUGAAUACAGCAUUAGCAAGUAAAGCAAAUCUCAAUCGUUCCGAGUUUUUGGCGAUGGAGAAAAUAUCCAUUAUUUUAUAUACAAAUGGUUCAUCUGCAAAAGAGAGAAAAAUGGCGUUAAUAUAUGUAUAGAUGUAUUAUUUUUCUUGGUGAAUGAUGUAAUGAUUUUUCCUUCCUUCCCCCCCCCCCUUUUUGGGGUUUUGAGAUUCUUGUAGCAGUUUAAUAGAUGAAUGAUGAUAAUUGAUAGGGCACUAAAUCUUGUGAUGAGGUGCUAUAAACACAGGAAAGUCAAAGAUAUAAGUUGUGAUAUUGCCAUCAAUGUUAGGUGUUAUUCUUCAUCAUCAA